AUGGAAACUCUCUCCAUUUUUGAUAGAAAAUGGAAGCUUUGUUCAUUUACAAGUCUUAUUAUCUGCUUCAAUAUUAUCCUUUUGCGCCUCACAAAUCUCCAGAAUCUGCACGAUGCCUUUUUAACCUUAGCCUUGACCCCUAAUAAUUACCUCACAUCCGAAAAUCUUGAACUGUUGAAACCAUCGACGUAUAAUGAAAAGGGGAAGUGCAACUUGUUUGAGGGACGAUGGGUCUACAAGCCAAUGGGAAAUCCAUUGUAUCGUUCCUCAAAAUGUCCGUUUCUUAGCGAUCAAGUGAGUUGCAGGAGGAAUGGAAGGCCCGACUUUGAGUAUGAGAAAUGGAGUUGGGAAGCUAAUGACUGUCGAAUUCCUAGGUUUGAUGCUAUAGACAUGUUAGAGAGGCUUAGAGGGAAAAGAGUGAUACUCGUUGGAGAUUCUCUCAACAGAAACCAGUGGGAGUCUCUUGUUUGCCUUCUCUACUCGGCCAUUCCUUCGUCAAGAGCCCACGUUAAUUUUCGAGAAGGCUCUUACAAGGUAUUCAAAGCGAAGGAUUACAAUAUAUCUGUGGAGUUUUACUGGAGCCCAUUUCUGGUGCAACUGCACUCGAACAAAGAAACUACCACUAGAGUUUUGAGGGUCGAUAAACUUGACGGUUCGUCUAGGCAAUGGCAAGGCGCCGACAUUAUGGUAUUCAAUACUGGCCACUGGUGGGUUCACCGUGGAAAGUUCAAAGCGUGGGAUGUUUUGCAGUAUAACAGGAAGUUAAUGGACGACACAAAGAUAGAACCUGCGUUUGAGAUAGCAAUGAAAACCUGGGCAAAUUGGGUCGAUAAAAAUGUAAACUCAACCAGAACAACAGUGUUUUUUAGAAGCAUUUCACCAGAACAUAAAGGUGAGAAUUGGUGCUUCAAUGAAACAAAACCCAUCAAGGACGAGUCCUCAUAUGUUCCAGUAUUUCCAAAGCCUCUCGUAGAGACUGUGGAACGAACAGUAACGGGGAUGAAAACACAGAUAAGGUAUCUUAACAUUACAAAGCUUUCCCAGUAUAGAAUAGAUGCCCAUCCAACAGUUUAUACAACAAGAAAAGACAAACAACUAAUCGAGUCGAAACUCAAGACACCAGAAGUCACUGCUGAUUGUAGCCACUGGUGCCUACCAGGACUACCUGAUACAUGGAACAGGUUACUGUACGCAUCUAUGAUCCUUGAAGGAUCAGAGACAAGUACUAAUUAUUUGCAUGAAGUUUUUUGGUGA